AUGCUUCAGCUAGCAAACAUUCUCCACACCCAAGGUUUCAAAAUAACCAUCAUACACACCGAGUACAACGCCCCCACUCAUUCAAACUAUCCUCACUUCACCUUCAACUCCAUCUCCGAUCGAUUUCAUGAGAUCGAACACCAGUUGCCGACGAUCCCGGCACCGGAUCCCGGUCAUUUCCUCAAUUACCUUAAUAGAAGCUGUGUAGAUCCGUUUACGGAUUGUCUCACUGGGUUGUUGGCUGAAUCCAAUAAAGGGUCGAUCGCUUGUCUUAUCACAGACGCCGGAUUCUACUUCACACAGGCGGUGGCGGACACACUGAAACUCCCUCGGAUGGUGCUGCGAACAGGCAGUUUAUCUUGCACCACUGCUUAUGGCGUUUUACCCGUUUUCUCUAAAUCCAAAAAUAUUUGCUUUAAUUUUACAAAAGAAGAUUUAGAUUAUGAAGCAACGGUGCCGGAAUUUCCGCUUCUGAAAGUCAAAGACGUCAUGAAAAUGACAAUCAAUCCAAAAAGUUAUGGCGACUUCCUCACCAACAUGCUUAAACAGAUGAAAUCAUCGUCAGGGAUCAUUUGGAACACCUUCAAAGAACUUGAAGAACCUUCUCUAAAAACCAUCUGCCAAGAGUUUCCAUGUCCUAGCUUCACUAUAGGCCCAUUAAACAAGUACUUCUCAUCAUCCUCCAGCAGUUUGAUCGAGCAAGACAAGACAAUUCUCUCAUGGCUAGACACCCAAGCUCCCAAGUCUGUGAUAUACGUAAGUUUUGGAAGUGCUGCGCAGAUUACCAUGUCGGAAUUUCAAGAAGUGGCUCAUGGGUUGGUGAAUAUUGGUUUACCGUUUUUGUGGGUGGUUCGACCAAGGGUGGUUCGUGGUUCAGAAUGGCUCGAGUCUUUGCCUGAAAGGUUCCAAAAAGAAGUGGGUGAUAGGGGACAUAUCGUGAAAUGGUGUCCUCAACAAGACGUGUUAGCUCAUCCAGCAACGGGGUGUUUUUGGACUCAUAAUGGAUGGAAUUCAACAUUGGAGAGCAUAUGCGAAGGUGUUCCUAUGGUUUGUUCGCCUUGUUUUACUGAUCAACCAAUAAAUGCAAGAUAUGUGAGCGAUGUUUGGAAGAUUGGUGUUUUGUUGGAGGAUGGGUUUGAGAGGAAGGGCAUCCAGAUGGCACUUAGAAGAGUAAUGAUGGAUAAAGAAGGAGAAGAAAUGCGUGAAAGGAUAAGUUGUCUCAAGGAGAAGGUAAACCUCUCUCUCAAAAAAGGCGGAUCUUCUCAUCAGUCAUUAAAGAGCUUGGUUGAUUAUAUUUCAUUGCUGUAA